ACAUCAAGCGUCCCCCACGCACGCCCCCGCGGAAGCCAUGCAGGAGUCCGAGGCCAGCGUGUGCCAGCUGCAGCCCAACAUCAUCUCGGUGCGCCUGUUCAAGAGGAAAGUGGGCGGCCUGGGCUUCCUGGUCAAGCAGAGGGUCUCCAAACCGCCCGUCAUCGUGUCGGACUUGAUCCGGGGGGGGGCGGCCGAGGAGUGCGGCCUGGUCCAGGUGGGCGACAUCGUGCUGGCCGUCAACAACAAGCCCCUGGUGGACCUCGGCUACGAGCGCGCGCUGGAGACGCUGAAGAACGUGUCGCCCGAGAGCCACGCCGUGCUCAUCCUGCGCGGGCCCGAGGGCUUCACCACCCACCUGGAGACCACCCUGUCGGGGGACGGCCGCCCCCGCACCGUGCGGGUCACCCGGCCGGCUUUCCCGCCCUCCAAAUCCUACGAGAAUUGCUCGCCUCAGCUGAGGGCCAUCGAGAACCUCUCGUCGCCCUCCAUCGCGCUCCUGGCCGCCCAGGACCCCCUGCUGAUGCGGGAGGGGGGGCGGGGCGUCGGCGGGGGGCUCUUCUGCAACGGGCUGGAGGAAAACAAUGAGCUGCUGAAGGAGAUCGAGCCCGUCCUACGCCUCAUCCGCAACACCAAGAAGGAGAUCAACGGCGAGGGCCAGAGGAACGCCGCCCGCAGGGACGCCGGGAUUCAAGUGGCCUGGGACGUCAGCCUGGCAAGCACAGUUUCACCGCAGCUUUCAUCUGAAAACAACAGGAGGCGUGACAACAUGCCAGUGGUGCUGCACAACAUCGAGGCCGAGCAGGGCCCCACCUCGGACAAGACGUCGCCCACCAAGACACUGCAGAACGGAAGCCCCUCCAAGUGCCCCCGCUUCCUCAAGAUCAAGAACUGGGAGAGCGGAAGCGUCUUGAACGACACGCUCCACCACAGCGCCAGCAAGAUGCCCACUUGUGGUGAGAACGUGUGCCAGGGUUCCAUCAUGAUGCCCAACCUGCAUGCCCGCAAGCCGGACGAAGUGCGGCCCAAAGAGGAGCUCCUCACCUUGGCCACAGACUUCAUCGAUCAGUACUAUACCUCCAUCAAAAGGUCCUCCAACGGUAAAAACGAGUACAGUUCAAAGGCUCACGCGGACCGCCUGGAGGAGGUGACCAAGGAGAUCGAGGCCUCGGGGACGUACCAGCUCAAAGACACGGAGCUCAUCUACGGAGCCAAGCACGCCUGGAGGAACGCCGCCCGCUGCGUGGGGAGGAUCCAGUGGUCCAAACUACAGGUCUUCGACGCAAGGGACUGCACAACAGCUCAUGGAAUGUACAACUACAUUUGCAACCACAUCAAGUACGCCACCAACAAGGGCAACCUCAGGUCGGCCAUUACCAUCUUCCCACAAAGGACAGACGGCAAACGCGACUUCCGCGUGUGGAACAGUCAGCUCAUCCGCUACGCCGGUUACAAGCAGCCCGACGGGAGCAUCCUGGGAGACCCCGCAAACGUGGAAUUCACUGAGAUUUGCACGCAACUGGGCUGGAAGGCGCCCAAGGGUCGCUUCGACGUGUUGCCCCUCCUUCUGCAGGCCAAUGGCAAUGACCCCGAACUCUUUGAAUUGCCCGAAGACCUGGUCCUGGAGGUGCCCAUCACACACCCCAAGUACGAGUGGUUCAAGGAACUGGACUUAAAGUGGUACGGCCUACCCGCAGUCUCCAACAUGCUGCUGGAGGUCGGAGGCCUGGAGUUCACCGGCUGCCCCUUCAGCGGCUGGUACAUGGGCACCGAGAUCGGCGUCAGGGACUUCUGCGACAGCUCCCGCUACAACAUCCUGGAGGAUGUCGCUAAAAAGAUGUCCUUAGACACCAGGAAGACUUCCUCCUUGUGGAAAGACCAAGCUCUGGUGGAGAUUAACAUCGCCGUACUCUACAGUUUUCAGGUGUGCAAAGUGACCAUCGUGGACCACCACUCGGCCACCGAGUCAUUCAUGAAGCACAUGGAGAACGAGUACCGCGUGCGAGGCGGCUGCCCGGGCGACUGGGUGUGGAUCGUGCCGCCCAUGUCGGGCAGCAUCACGCCCGUCUUCCACCAGGAGAUGCUCAACUACCGCCUCACGCCCUCCUUUGAGUACCAGGUGGACCCGUGGCACAGUCACGUGUGGAAAGGAGUCAACGGGACGCCCACCAAGAAGAGAGCCAUCGGCUUCAAGAAACUGGCCAAGGCGGUGAAGUUCUCGGCCAAGCUGAUGGGCGCGGCCAUGGCCAAGCGGGUCAAGGCCACCAUCCUGUUUGCCACCGAGACGGGCAAGUCUCAGGACUACGCCAAGACGCUGUGCGAAAUCUUCAAACACGCUUUCGAUGCAAAGGUGAUGUCCAUGGACGACUAUGACGUGGUGGACCUGGAGCAUGAGACGCUGGUCCUGGUGGUGACCAGCACCUUCGGUAACGGCGACCCGCCUGAGAACGGGGAGAAAUUCGGAGCCGCCUUGAUGGAGAUGCGACACCCGACGUCAAACACGGAAGACCGAAAGACCUACAAAAUUCGCUUCAACAGCGUGUCGUCCUACUCGGACACCAGGAAGUCAUCCAGCGACGAGCCCGAAGCCAAACUUGAUUUUGAAAGCACCGGUCCGCUGGCCAACGUCAGCUUCCGCGCCGCGCCCGACGGGGCCCCGACGGUGGAAAAGCUGCGCAACGGAAACCACAGCAAAGACCCGCACGCCGCCCCUGCCAAGAAAGAACGCAAACCGCUCAAGUUCUCUGUGUUUGGCCUGGGAUCCAGGGCCUACCCACACUUCUGCGCAUUUGCCCACGCCGUGGACACGCUAUUCGAGGAGCUCGGGGGGGAGCGCAUCCUCCGCAUGGGGGAGGGCGACGAGCUGUGCGGCCAGGAGGAGUCCUUCAGAACUUGGGCCAAGAAGGUUUUCAAGGCCGCCUGCGACGUUUUCUGCGUGGGCGACGACGUCAACAUCGAGAAAGCCAACGACUCGCUCAUCAGCAACCACCGCAGCUGGAAGAAGAGCAAGUUCCGCCUGACUUAUGCCGCCGAGGCACCGGCUCUCACCGACGCACUGUCCACCAUCCACAAGAAGACAGUUUACGGAGCCAAAAUGCUGGAAUCGCAAAACCUACAAAGUCCCAAAUCCAAUCGCUCCACCAUAUUCGUACGGUUGGACACCAACAAGCACGACAAGCUGAGCUACCACCCCGGCGACCAUUUGGGUGUCUUCGCCGGUAACCACGAGGAACUGGUGACCGCUCUCAUCCACAAACUGGAGGACGCGCCCGAUGUCAAUCAGAUUGUCAAAGUCGAGUUCCUGGAGGAGAGGAACACCGCGCUAGGCGUCAUCAGUAACUGGACCAAUGCCAGCCGCAUCCCACCCUGCACCAUCUUCCAGGCUUUCCAGUACUUCCUUGACAUCACCACGCCACCCAGUCCCGUCCUUCUGCAGCAGUUUGCCGCCCUGGCCACCAACGACAAACACAAGAAGAGACUGGAGGUGCUCAGUAAGGGUCUGCAGGAGUACGAGGAGUGGAAGUGGUUCAACACGCCCACCCUGGUGGAGGUCCUGGACGAGUUCCCGUCGGUGCAGAUGCCGUCCACGCUGCUGCUCACCCUGCUGCCUCUGCUGCAGCCGCGCUACUACUCCAUCAGCUCCUCGCCCGACCUGCACCCGGGCGAGAUCCACCUCACCGUCGCCGUCGUCUCCUACCGGGCCAAAGACGGAGAAGGCCCAAUCCACCACGGCGUUUGCUCGUCAUGGCUCAACAGGAUUGAAAAGGGUGAAGUGGUGCCCUGUUUUGUUCGAAGCGCGCCCUUAUUCAGGCUUCCCAAAGACCACCAAGCACCUUGCAUCCUGGUGGGCCCCGGGACGGGCAUCGCCCCCUUCAGGAGCUUCUGGCAGCAGAGGAUGUUUGACCUUCAACACAAAGGCGUGGAAGCGUGGCCCAUGAUCCUGGUGUUUGGAUGUCGUCAGUCCGAGAUGGACCACAUCUACAAGGAGGAGACCGUCCAGGCCAGGAACAAGGAGGUCUUCAAGGAGCUCUACACCGCCUACUCCAGAGAACCCGGAAAACCAAAGAAAUACGUGCAGGACAUCCUCCGCGAGCACCUGUCCGAACGAGUGUACCGGUGCUUGCGCGAAGAGGGCGGCCACAUAUACGUGUGUGGAGACGUCACCAUGGCGGGCGACGUCCUGAAAACGGUGCAGCAGAUCGUCAAGCAGCAUGGCAACAUGAGCUUGGAGGACGCCGGCUUCUUCAUCAGCAAGCUGAGGGACGAGAACCGCUACCACGAGGACAUCUUUGGAGUCACCCUGCGCACGUACGAGGUCACCAACCGACUGCGCUCGGAGUCCAUCGCCUACAUCGAGGAGAGCAAGAAAGAUUCGGACGAGGUUUUUUGCUCGUAGGCCUCCGCCCGAGGAUGCAGCAGCACCGCCGGCCCCACAAAACUGUGCCAAUUUUUGUACGAGAAAAGGACAAGCUGGAGCAAGUCUGGCCAUCUCUCCAUCUGUGUUUGUUUUUUUCUUUGCUGCCACGUUUGUGCUUUGGGGGCUGCUUGAGUUUCUCUCGCGCAAGGCGCUUAAGCGGUCGCGCGACGACCGUGCACGACCCACCGACGGACGAGAAGAUCCGCUCGUCGGUCGCGUGUACUUGGUGUUACUGCGCCGCAGCGCAACAGGCUAACGUUCUUUGUUUGUUUGUUUUUGGGCGGGUGGGUGGGUGGCUUUGUUUUGGAUGUUUGCAUGCAAGUAUUCACGCAAACGACUGUGGAACGCAAUGAAAGCGUGACGGGUUUUUCCGAACUCGGUUGACGUGGGAGCACGCCGGUCAUACAACUGGCCCGACCGACACGAAACGCAUCCUCAAAACUUAUCGAAACGCAGGCCCCGCCCCCCCUAUUUCACGAAUGCACCAUUAAUAACAAAAUCGCAAUGCUGUUUCCUUUAUUUUUUUUUUUUUAUUUUUUUUUUUUAUUUUUUUUCCUUAGCAUGAAGGCCUCAUUGAAAAGAACGCAAACACUUUUAUGAAGAUGUUUUCUCAACAAGUGACAUGUCACGCGUCCCGGCCGGCAAGAAAAACAUGUCUUUAUUUAUUUAUUCAUUCAUUUGUUUGUUUGUUUUUACUUUCUGCUCUUUCUCUCAGUAGGACAGCGUUCUUCCUGAAUCUGGAAAUUCGGAAUGCGGAAAAAAAAAGCUUGAGGUACCUGUUUGUUCAAAAUAUAUAUUUUUUUGUUUAUUAAUAUGUGAUCUCUUUGAGCAUCUCAAAAUACGUGUAUAUUUUGAAAGCAGCGCAAAAAUUGCCCCGAGGAAUGCCGUCCACAGUUGGCUUGAAAGCCAGCGUAGCACCAAAAAAAACAUGACAAAACAAUGGCAACCAUAUUUUGCCAAAUGUCACUCAUUUGACCGCGAGGGCGCUCUCUGGCGGUCAAGAUUUAAAACAAAACGACUCAAAUCUGGGGGGGGGGUCACGUCGGGAGAAAAUUCCAAGCGCGGAAGACUGUCGUGGCCGCGCGCCAAUCAACGUCUCCUUGCGUUGACCCUUUUGAUGGCAACGAGAGCCGUGUGAAGUCAACCACCGAAACCGCUUCGGCCGAGCUUGAGAUGCUAAAUGUCCGCCAAACUAUGAAAUAUCGAGAAUACCACUCAGAUCUUCUCUCAGAAUGUAUUUUGAAUAUGUAAAUGAGCACGAGCAUUCAACGAUGGCGGACCCGGCCCGUCCGAGGUGGGCGGGGUCUGCUCUAUCCUUUCGGGUAACGAGGCUCAACGCAUGGUGAUCUCGUGUCGUCUGUAUUCAUUCGAAAAGUCUGUUUAGCAGCACUGUGUGUCGUGACUUUGUCCGGCGGCGGCGGCGGCGGCGGCCAUCUUUGCUUUCUUGGCUGCUUUGCUUUGUGUACGUUUUGCUGCUGCGACGAUCGCUCGCUCCGGUUUUGGUUUGCACCUCUGUGCUCCAAACUCCAUUUGAAUGCAUACCACUGCAAGGACUGUGCAUUGACUUACCAAAUAAAGUUAUAACAUUUAGAAAAUA